CGGCGAGUGCGGUGUCGGUCGCCAGUCGCUCGUCUGGCGCGCGAGUGUUUGCGUGUUUCUGAACGCACGGUGAUAAUGUCAGCGCGGUGACCGCGCUUUCUCGCACGCGGUAAGGCGGGAAAAGUUCCCGCCCACAACGCAACAAAAUAUUUUCAGACGCUAAUAAGCUGGCGAGCGGCGGGGCUGCGGGUCGUGGAUUAUUCUGCUACCACUGCCCGCCGAGCCUGCCGCCGCACCAGCAUCGCCUGCCCACACUGGAGUACCCGUUCACUGCUUCACAUCCUUAUACAAGCUACUCCUAUCACCCGGCAAUACACGAUGACACAUUCGUUCGUCGAAAACAACGACGAAAUCGCACUACUUUUACUCUACAACAGCUGGAGGAGUUGGAGACUGCGUUUGCGCAAACUCACUAUCCCGACGUAUUCACACGGGAAGACCUAGCGCUCAAAAUCAAUCUCACUGAAGCAAGAGUACAGGUCUGGUUUCAAAAUCGGAGGGCUAAAUGGCGGAAAGCGGAGAGGUUGAAAGAGGAACAACGGAAGAGGGAGGGCGCUGAGGUGAUGGCCAAAAGAGACCUCGCUGACGACAAGGGUUCUUCAGAAUGUGGGAUGUCGCGCGGGUCAGGGGACGCGUCGCCAAUGUCUGCAGGCGUGUCGCCUCGCGCGUCGCCGCCCGUCACCCCGGGCUCGCCACGCCGCUCACCGCACCGUUCGCCUAACAGAUCUCCGAGACAUGACAGAUCGGAGGCGAGCUGUGCCUCACCAGCGCCGUCAGUGGGCAGUGCUGGCUCCCGGGAUGCGCCACCAGAGCCACGGCCGGCGCAUCACAUAUUUUCACCAUUUGACCACGGUGCGUUCCGUUCAUCUCCGGCGAGCAGUGCUGAUGCUCCCGCGCCCCCGCCACCGCUGUUCCUGCCUCCACACCUGUCUCAUCUUUCUCAGCACUUGAAUCAUUUAUCGCAGCCAUUCUUCCCUUUAAAAGGCUGGGGCACUCCUUGUCCGUGCUGUCCUAAAGAGGAAGCGCGGUCGUCCAGCGUUGCUGAGCUCCGACGCAAGGCGCACGAACACUCCGCCGCGUUGCUGCAAUCGCUAGCAAAUUUCCAAUCACGCGCAUUUCAGCUGCCGCUACCGUUACCACCACUACCGCUGCCAUUGCUGCACGAGCCGCCGUCUACAGCGCCACCACCGGAUCCACCGAAGCACUUAGAUUAAGUAUACCUAUUUUGAUUUCGAAUUGCGAUUUGCAGCAGCAAGCUUACUCUGAUACUGCACUCUUAUAUUGAAACUUCAAAGAUUCUAAAUUUAAAAUUUCUGUAAUCUGGAGAUAUGCAGCAUAUUGUAAAAUAAUAAGCAAUGUAUACAAUAAUGUCGUAGCAAAACAUGUGCAUUGGCUUUACAUAUAAAUGUUGUUUUGUGGGUGAUUUGUUAAACAAUGUUGUCAUCUUCUAUCUAAUGUAAAAUCAAUGAUGACAGAAAGAAAGAAAUCUGUUUUUAAUCAUAUACCCGUUAAACAACGUUUAUAGUAGAGAAUAGAGUAUAAAUUAACAGUAUGCAUUGCUUUAAAAAAAUUCAAAUAAAAAUAAGUAAGGUAAAUGAAAGAAAUAUGUAAAACGAGCUGGGCGUUAUCGUAUCGCGUUUUAAGGCUUUGUAUACAUCCUUGUGACAAAGCGACUGUCAAUGCAAUAUUGGUUUUUAUUGUAGUCAUCUGUUUUGGUCGUGUUUAUAAUAUUAUACGAAAAAAAUGUCUUCAUUAAAAAAUAAAU